AUGUCUAAUGCAACAAAACGAAAGGCAGAAAAUGAAAAAAUUCUGCAAAAGGAAGCAAAUACAUGCAAAAGGAUAACUUCAUUUUUCUCCAAAGCCACUGGAGAAUGCAAUCAAUCUCAUAUACCCAACCGGGUACCAAACUCAGAGAACGUUCAAGAGGCUGAUAUAUCCGAAUGGGUUCCAAGCUCAGAGGACGUCCAGGAAGAGUUUACAUCGGAUAGCCCUAUGGGCGCUGAAAGUCUAAGCACUUGCGACCAGUUUCAAGACAAGGACAGUGUCGGUAAUUGUACAACUGUAAACUCUGACACUUCGACCAUUUCGAGUGUAGUCCCAGAGAGUAGUUUAGGACCAUCGCUGGAGAAUGACGAAACAUGUCGAGAGACAUGCCAAGAGUCCAACCAAAGGUGCCAAGUUUAUCUAUAUCGCGGUUAUCCUUUGAAUAUAAACGCUAUUGUUAAAAAGGCAGGGCCCGGUGUGCUUCAUCUUUACAAAGAGAAGUCCAAGACUCGAAGUGCAAAUCAGGAAAAAAAUAAAACUCGGUCAUUCGUGAAAUGUCUUGUGUGUGCUGAAUAUGAAGAGGAGGCAAAACGAUUUUCUACCAACCAUCAGGUGUAUCUUGCGUACGGUGUUCGCUGUGACGGGAAAAAGAAAAUGCAGGAUGUUGUGGAUCAUUUACUCGGUGCCGCCCAUGACGCUGCAAUUAAGUUGAAAAAUCUUUCCACUCAAUGGGCUACAAAGGCUCCAAAUCAUCCCUGGUUACGGACGCUAAAGAAUCACGAUUCAAGCGUCAUCAGGACACUUACACAUAUGGCUGUUGACGUCCUACUACUAUGGCUGUUGACGUCCUACGUCCUUACUAUCAUUGUAUAG